AAGUCUGCCUUUCUGCCUUUCGCUUGCAGCCCUCGCAAGGGCAAGCGAUAGCGAUAGCGCCAUAGGGGACGAUACGAUCUGGCCCCGAGCGGCUACGCCUCAACCUCUCAUAGAGCCGCCGAUAAAGCCUCGAAAUCCGUGAUCUCGUCACAUGGAUACAUUCAAAGGGAUCGAGAAUGUAUAUAAAGGUAAUAUCAGCCGCAAGCGCAAAUACACACUACCACACCAUUCCGCAAUGCCUUCCAUCGCCCAGAACCUCUCGGUCCCUGACCUGCUCUCGUCGCUCGACAUUUCGACAUCCACCCCCAAUGCCGGGGCUUACGAUGGACAAUGGUUCGGUAGCGGCGAGAAGGUUCAAUCGUUCAACCCUUCCAACGGUAAACUCUUAGCCACCAUCAUCCAAGCUUCAGAUGCCGAUACUCAACGCGUAUUGAAGGCUGCCAAGGCUGCCUCCAAGGUAUGGAGGAACGUUCCCGCGCCCGAGCGCGGUCGAGUGAUGCGCCUCAUUCGAAACGCCAUUGAUGACAAAGUAGACGAGUUGGGCAUGCUCAUCACCCUCGAAAUGGGCAAGAUCGUCACUGAAGGUCGAGGCGAGGUGGUCGAAUUUAUCGAUGUUGCCGAUUACGCUGUGGGUCUGUCUAGGAGUAUCGGCGGAACUGUCGUUCCUAGCGAGAGGAAGAAGCACUUUAUGACCGAAGUCUGUCACCCUCUCGGCGUGAUUGGCGUCAUCUCUGCCUUCAACUUCCCCAUUGCUGUCUUUGGUUGGAACUUCUCCCUGGCCUUGAUCACCGGGAACGCCUCCAUCUGGAAGCCCUCGGAGACUACCCCUCUCUGUGCGCUUGCCACCACCAAGAUCAUCACUCGCGUGCUAGAGGCAGAAGGUUACCCCGGCGCGCUUUGUGGCUUGAUGAUUGGAGGUGGAAGUGUCGGGGCCGCCUUGGUUGAGAGCAAAGAGGUCGACCUGGUCUCCUUUACCGGGAGCGAGGCCAGGGGAAAGCUAGUCGGUGCCGAGUGUGCUAUGAGAUUCAAACAGUCUUUGCUUGAAUUGGGUGGCAACAACGCCGCCAUCGUCCUUCCCGAUGCCAACCAAGACCUGGCUCUUCGAAGCAUCCUGUUUGCUGCUCUGGGAACGGCUGGACAACGUUGCACUACUACUCGACGUCUCUUGGUCCACUCGAGUAUCGCCGAUACCUUUAUUGCCUCGCUCGUCAAGGCAUUCGGUUCGGCUACCAAGCGUAUGGGCGCACCUGAGAAGAAGGAUACCCUGAUUGGGCCGUUGCACUCCAAGCUCGCUUUCGAGGGAUACUCGAACGCCAUCGAGCAAGCCAAGAAGGAGGGUGGCAAGAUCCUGUUUGGAGGUGAAAAGUGGGCCGAGGUCCAGGACGAGCUCAAGGGAGGCAACUGGGUGAUUCCUGCCAUGAUCCGAUACGACACAUUCGAGGGAAUCGAGAUCGUGCGAAAAGAGACCUUUGCCCCAAUCUUGCACAUCACUACCUUCGAGACUCUGGAGGAGGCCAUCGAGAUCAACAACAGCGUCGACCAAGGAUUGUCUUCUGCUCUCUACACUCAGGAUAUGAACAACGUCUUCCAGUGGAUCGGACCGGAGGGAAGCGAUUGCGGAAUCGUGAAUGUCAAUGGAUCGACCAGCGGAGCCGAAAUCGGUGGACGUUUCGGUGGCAACAAGAGCACUGGAAGCGGGCGAGAGUCCGGUGGUGACAGCUGGAAGCAGUACUGCCGAUGGCACACCGCUACCAUCAACUGGUCGAACGAGGUCGGAAUGGCCCAGGGAGUCGUCUUCGAGUGAACGCAGAGUAUUAAUGCCAUGACGACGUUUUUGUGCAUGUUUCCUGUUGAGUAACGUGUGUUUGAGCUUGUAUCAGCAGUAUAUCGAAUGCUAUCUUUUGGUGCAUAGAGCUGCUCAGCU